GGUGGGGCCUAUUUAGCCAGCAGGGGCACAAGUCUGGGGACACUGGUGUCUGGGCCCCAGGUCUCUUCAGCCCCGCCGGCCACACGGCUCCCAUCUCCUCCCGCGGGUCCCCUGGCUCCACGAUGAUGGCCGAGGAGCACACAGACCUGGAAGCCCAGAUCGUCAAGGACAUUCACUUCAAGGAGAUUGAUCUGGUGAACCGGGACCCUAAGAACAUUAACGAGGACAUAGUGAAGGUGGAUUUUGAAGACGUGAUCGCGGAGCCCGUGGGCACCUACAGCUUCGACGGUGUGUGGAAGGUGAGCUACACCACCUUCACCGUCUCCAAGUACUGGUGCUACCGCCUGCUGUCCACGCUGCUGGGCGUCCCGCUGGCUCUGCUCUGGGGCUUCCUCUUCGCCUGCAUCUCCUUCUGCCACAUCUGGGCGGUGGUGCCCUGCAUCAAGAGCUACCUGAUCGAGAUCCAGUGUAUCAGCCACAUCUACUCGCUCUGCAUCCGCACCUUCUGCAACCCACUCUUUGCUGCCCUGGGCCAGGUCUGCAGCAACAUCAAGGUGAUGCUGCGGAAGGAAGUGUGAGGCCGGGUGGGUGAUGGGGCGGCGGGGCAGGGGAGCCCACUGCUCGUGGGGCUGCUGAUGGGCUCUUUCUCCUUGGGGACCACUGCUGCCCCCCAAGAUGGGAGCACAGAGAGUAGGGAAGCCAGAGAGAAAAGACAGUCCACCACGGAAGCACAGUGGCCUUCCCUCUGCCCCCUGCCGAACCACGAUGCCCCCUGACUGGGCGCCAGGGAAGAUCAUGUGCUCAGAGGCAGCUACUGCAAAUCUUUGCAUUCACUUGUACUGUAACAGCAUAUACCGGCCCACAGUUUCCACCCAGGACACCCUACCCCUGCCCCAAGAAACCACCAGUGACUGCCGGCAUUAGGAGGGUGGUUCCAAUAAAGGGUUUCGGUUGCAUCUGGA